AUGCCGGCUAUAUGCAACAAUGUGGCCCAGUGGCACGCACAGAACGGGUUGAUCUCGCCAGUCAAUAAUCCACGCACUUUCCAUUGGGAUGUUGGCAAUCAUCAGACUCAAAAUCACCUUAACAAUGAAACCCCGCAGAACAUGCGGAGGGCGCGGAUGUGUCCGCCCAACUGGAAAGGGACGUAUGCACGGCCGAGAUGCCCUGAGGCCAACCGACCCCAAGUUGUACCUCCUUUGUGGGACGAUCAUGGAAGACCUGUGACUGGCCUCAAAUGGCCUACUAUAAUCCAUGUUGGCGCACCGGCAGAGCUAUCUCUAAUGAUUGAGGACGGCAGAGACUCGCAAUUUGUUGGAGCGCUACGGCCAUCAGGCCGUACUUACAGUUGCGAUGAGUUUCCGCCUGCCUCUUGGGCUGAAGGCGGAGAUGGACCGAACCACCAAUCCCCAGGCACAACAUAUUGCGCCCCAAUCCAUGCAACCUGCGAUAGCACUAAUAAUCCGGCCGAUGCCCGGGGCUCUGAGCAGAACUGGCAAGGUUUCCUUCAUGGAAGGCUGGGGACGAUGUUGCAUACGAAAGCAGUUGAUGACGCAAAACUCUUGAUCGGCACUGAGAACUAUAACUAUGACAGUGCUAUUGAGUUCUACUUCAGAUUUGACAGGAGUGGCGCCAAUCAUCCCUGGGCCGGCAGAAUCUACUAUGAUAAUGGUCCGGUCCUGGACACCAUCAAUCCUGGUACGCCGUGGCGGCGUAGCUCUGUUGACGAAGAUAUCAUGGGUAUGAGCUCGUCUGUCAGUGCUCUCUUGAGCUCGGCGGAGUUCCAGACUGCCAACUUAACUGAAUACGGGUUCGAGGCGAUUGAGUUUAUCCCUGACAUGACGACCGGAGCCCUUACAGUCAAGAUGCCCGGUGGCAAUGAAUUUGCAGCAUAA